AUGUCAGAUCAGAGUGAUAGUCAGAACAAGACAAGGAGAAAGAGAAACUCAGAUUCUGAUGAUGAAGACUAUGUUGCUGUUGAGGAGGAGGUCACCUCCAAGAAAGUUUUGAAAAAGGAGUAUGCUGCUGCUGCUGCUGCAACCAAGCCUGGUUUGCACAAGAAAGCUCCUGCCAAGAGAGUGCCCAUGUCCAAAGCCAGAGCCUCUACACUUGAAGUCUCCAAAUCAACAGAAGAAGAGGCUGUUGGAGGCAAGAAAAAGAAGGAAAGGAAGAGAGGAAGUUGGUGCAAGUGUGUUGAUCCCAUAGCUGAAUUUGAGAAGCACUCAUCAGAUGAGGAAGAAGAAGAUGAAGAAGAUGCAGCACCAAAACCCAAGAAUCAGAAGCUGAUGGGGAAUGCCAUCAGGUCUGGGGCUGCUCCAUCAAAGCCCAAGACUACCUCCAAAGCAACAGCUCAAGCUUCAAAGUCUGCACCAAAGAGAAGCACCCGGAAUAUACCAGCUGCUGAGAAAAACAAGGCCCCAGUGCCUGAAGUGGAAGAAGAAGAAGCCCAAGUGCUUAGAAAAUUAAAGCCAAAGAUCCCUGAUCAUGAUGACAGUCAUCCAGUGGCAGAAAACAUGAAGGAGAGAAAGGAUGCAGAUGGGAGAAUUGUAUGGAUGACUAAAGGUACAAGGUACCAGUCUACUGUUGCUGAGUGGGCCAAGCUUAUCAAUGCGCCAGAAGAAGCUCAGGAUGACAUUGAUGUCUAUGCCAGGUGCAAGAAAUAUCACAACUCCAUGGCCAACAUGUACAAGGAAAUUCCUGACAAGGCCCUGGAAACACACAAGCUAGGCUAA